ACACCUGUAACUGAACUGUCAGCUUCCACCACCUGCACCAAUGACUACAUGGAGCUGUCGAUUCCUGAGGAUCAACUGACUGACAUCAACCUGGGGAAUCUUCACUGGGAGCCUGACCAGAACUGUGGUGCUUCAACUAACGGCACCCACUACAUUUUCCGUACAGAACUGUACAGCUGCGGUACUCAGGUGACCUUCGGCUCGAGGUACGUCACCUUUCUGAACAAGAUAAACAUCCUGGGUAUCCACUUGAGCGGUGGGGUCAUCACCCGACAGGGCGACGUGUGGAUCACCUCAAAAUGCAAGUACGAGCGCCACGAGUGGGUGGAAUCAACCUUCCUGCCCAUCCCGGGUGGACUGAACUUUACGGAGGAGGGGUUCGGGCAGCUGGAGGUCCGUCUCUCCAUGUUUCCCACACGGCAGUACCAGAGUCCAUACCGGGCAAACCAGUAUCCCAUCCCUCUCAGGAUGCGGCAGCACAUCUACAUGCAGCUGGAGGUACAGGGACACGGGCAGAAACUCUCCGUGUUGGCGCUGAACUGUAAGGCGACCAUGUCACCUCAGCCUAACGACACCCUGCAGUAUCAACUCAUCAAUGACGGUUGUGCUUCUGACCCCACCCUGCAAAUCUACAACAUCAACGACAACAGCAAGGAGCGCUUUGGUUUUGAGGCGUUCCGUUUCAUCAGGGAGGUGAAGACAGUGUACGUGCACUGUGAGGUGAUGGUCUGCAACGCCUUUGAUACCGGGUCUCGCUGCGCACAGGGUUGCGUCAGGAGGGGUAAACGAGCUACUGGAGAGAAGGCCGACAUGAAGGGACGUCACAUGAUCUACCAGGGACCAAUCAUUCUGGAUGAAGGCAAAGAAGAAACUGUGCGCCUGCUGAGUGACCAGGAUACUGCCUCUGGCCGCCACAGCGCAACCUGGGCCAUGCUGGCUGCAGGAGGAGGUCUGAUGGCGCUCGCCCUUGUCGUGAUGGGCGCCGCCAUCGUGCUGAAGCGGUCCCGCCGUGAGGAGUGGGCCUACCAGGGUCUGCCCAACAUGGCAGAGGACGGGGAGUAAGGGACGACCACAGGCCAGCGGGGCUGACGUUAUGUUUAACACCCUGUAACGUCAAUAUGUGAUGUGCCUUGCAGCGUACAUUUCUGAAUACAGUUGGCCGACUCAUUGUGAAAACCUGCCGCACAAGGUCUUUGACAGGCUGCCGCAAUGAAUUCGUCGAUUCUAUUUUGAUAAAGUAGUAUCAAUACUGUUAGCCUGUUAUGUUUUAGCUAAGAGUAUUAUAUCAAAGACUAUUUUCUGUGUUGAGUAUUAUCAUUAAUGGAAACAUUGAGUCAAGUUUCUGGAUG